AUGAAAGAAGCAAUUGUCUCUGCAGGCCCAAAGGUCGAGAUCGUUGACUCUCCCAUACCAAUCCCGGAACCCGAUCAGGUGGUGACGAAAGUCGUGGUUUCUGGCUCCAACCCCAAGGACUGGAAACGGCCGCAAUGGACAGGGACAAGCUCGAACCAAGGGGACGACAUUGCGGGAGUGGUUCACAGUGUUGGCUCGAACGUGGUUGAAUUCAAGCGAGGAGAUCGCGUGGCAGCUUUUCACCAGAUGAUGGCGCCUGGUGGUAGCUAUGCCGAAUAUGCUGUUAGCUGGGAUCACGCAACGUUUCAUAUUCCAAAGAAGACGAGCUUUGAGGAGGCCGCCACAAUCCCAUUAGCUGCAAUGACGGCAGCAUUUGGUCUCUACCAGCGCCUCGGCCUUCCUCCACCGUGGCGCCCUACCACCACUCCAAUCCCUGUGAUCAUCUACGGUGCAGCGGCAGCGGUCGGUUCCUUCGCCAUCCAGCUUGCCCGACAGUCCAACAUCCACCCACUGAUCUGCGUUGCCGGAAGGGGCAUACCACACGUGGAGGGAUUGAUUGACCCAAGCAAAGGAGAUGUCGUUCUUGACUACCGAGAUGGCGAUGAACAGCUUGUUCAGAACCUCAAGGCGGCCGUGAAGAAUGCUGGCGGUCAAGUUGAAUACGCUUUCGACGCCGUGAGUGACCACGGUAGCUAUGAGAAUAUCUGCAAGGUGUUGGACCACAACAGUGGCAAGAUCACUCUAGUGCUACCCGGCAAAGAUUACAAGGAGAUCCCUGAGACGGUUGAGAAGUCAACAACAACCGUGGGUGCUGCACAAAUCGGGACGGACUCGGAUCCCUGGCAAAAGAAGACGGGGAUGCAGACAGGCAAUGAGGAGUUUGCCAUGGCCUUUUUCCGGUACUUCGCAAGGGGCUUGCAGAAGGGCUUCUUCAAGGGACAUCCGUAUGAAGUGGUGCCGGGAGGGUUGGCAGGUAUUCAGGGGGCUCUGCAGAACCUGAAGGAUGGAAAAGCGAGUGCUGUAAAGUAUGUCUUCAGGCUUGCAGAUACUGAGGGCGUGUCUCCGUAUAAUAUCAAUUAG